AUGCCCAGGUAUGCUCGUGGGAGAAAGUGUCUCGGAGGACAAUGGGCUGGGACAUCACGUAUCCUGUUCCUCAUAAGCUUACUCUUCUUCCCAUCCAUCUGCCAGGCCCACUACAACCAUACCGACGGAGCACCAGUUGCCGAGUAUACGAAUACUACCAACUCGAGCACUGCUUUCACCUCCUCUACAAGAGUGAAAACUUGGGUGAGCCAGCCGGACUACCGAGGGACAUUUGACAUUAUCUGGACGUCGCUUGUGACCAUCUUCAUCAGCACAUAUAGCAUGUUGUGCCUCAAUGUCCCAGCUCCGAAGGAUACUUUCGCAACGAGGACACGGCGUCGCCUCCUAUGGAUGGCUCUAGGCAUUCUUGGCCCGGAAUUCCCUCUUACGUACGCCGCGGGCCAGUGGAGUCGAGCGAAACAGUCUGUGGUAGCUUUCAAGACGUACAACCACGAGGAUUGGCACAUGCGACAGGCUUUCUUUGCGGAUAUGGGGGGAUUCGUCUUUCACGCUCGAGAUGGCGAACCUUUCCCACUCAAUGCGACGCAGUUACACUGGCUCGUCGUCAACAAUUUCGUUGAGUACCCGGCUAUCACUCGCCGCGAGAUCUGGGACAAGUCUAAACAAGACACCUUUACCAAGGUCGUCACCGCGUUCCAGAUCAGCUAUUUAAUCAUACAGUGUGUUGCUCGAGCAACCCAGCGCCUCGCCAUUACCACGCUGGAACUCAAUGCUCUUGCCAUUGUUGUCUGUUCACUUAUGACUUCCUGCUUCUGGCUCCACAAACCUGCAGACGUCCAAAUCCCGAUUCCGAUCCACUCCUCUCAUUCUCUGGCUGAAAUUACACUCAAUCGAGAAUGGAGCUUGACGCCGCUUGAUUUCGUGGAUGAGAACGGUCCCGGUUAUUCAGUGAACAUACAGCCGUUUAUGAAGAUGCCGGUCAUUCCCGCAGAAAGACCUAUCCAGCGUAUCCCAAAUGACAGAUUCCCGAUGAAUCCUUAUGGUAUUCAGGAAUACUUUCUGUGCUUUGCGACUCUGCUUUUCACCGCUAUCCAUGUCGCAGGCUGGAGCUUCGACUUUCCCACUCCCAUCGAGCGCCUACUUUGGCGUAUCAGCUCACUUUUGCUGUUCGGAAUCACUGCGGCGUUUUGGGUGUUCGAGACAGCGGCAUCCUGGACUCGCCUCGGUCGCUGGAAGACACUCUACCUGUUCAUUUUCAAUCGCAAGGCCUUGCCACAACACAGAAUGCGCCUAGCAGCAAGGACUGCUACAAUCAAGAGAAAAUCAAAGCAGUUGCCGUUGCCAUGGGAGUUUGCAACGAUAACGCCGCUGGCUAUAAUUUAUGGCCUUGCGAGGUUUUAUCUACUUGCGGAAGCCUUUGCGGAGUUGAGAGAUCUGGAAGGGACUGCGUAUGUCAACAUCAAUUGGACCAACUUUCUCCCACAUGU